AUGCAAUUUCAACCUAAACAAAACGAAGAAGAGCAGAGUCCAGCAUUGCAAAGACUUUUCUGCAGUUUUCUCAGUCUGAAUUCAUUUUAUGGCCUUUUAAUCCGCGUUUCUAAGGAUUUCCUGCAGAAGAUUUCAUGCAUGAGCCGCUUCUUCGUGCAGCCAGGAAGCGUCUACGCUUCAUGAACUUUGACACACUGCACUGAGGGUCACUUUGGUACAUGAAGAGAUAGUAAAGCCCCUGAAUACAAAUACGCACUUAUUUUUGCACAGUUUUGAGAUCGCGGUUUGAAAAUGGCAUCCAAAAAAGUGGUAGAGAUUUUCUACGAUGUCGUGUCUCCCUACUCCUGGCUCGGUUUUGAGGUGAUAUGUCGAUACAGAAAUGUGUGGAACAUUGAUCUGAAACUACGACCUGCAUAUCUGGGAGGCGUCAUGCAUGUAGCAGGAAACAAGCCUCCUGGUAUGGUGCCCAAUAAGUUUCUGUACAUGAACAAGGACCUGAACCACCUGGCCCAGUACUUCAAUGUCCCUCUUAAGCACCCAGCUGAUCCUUUUGAGACAAUGUUUAAAAAAGGAUCUUUGGCUGCGAUGCGUUUUGUGACUGCGGUCCAGGAGAGGGAGGUGGGAGGAGACACUCAGGUGGAGCGUGUGUCCCGAGAGCUGUGGAGGAGGAUCUGGAGCGAAGACAAAGACAUCACCAAACCAGAGUCGCUCGCAGAGGCAGGUGUGAAGGCAGGACUGUCUCACAAGGACAUCGAAGAAAUAUUGGCGAUGAUAACCACAGUCAAAAUCAAAGACAAGUUGAAGAAUGCAACACAGGAAGCACUGGAACAUGGGGCUUUUGGUUUCCCCAUGAUUAUCUGUCACAUGGGUGAAAAGAAAGAAAUGUUUUUUGGAUCAGACCGGUUUGAACUCAUGGCCUACUGCAUCGGAGAGAAGUGGCUUGGGCCUCAGCCUGACAAAAUCUCUGCCAAUUUAUAAGAUUCCAAUGCCUUUUGAAAGUCAGUGCCUAGAAUCAACACACACACGCAGUAUUGUGAACAAAACAGGUCAUCGAAGUACUUUCAAUUCUGUAAUGUCAGCAUGAUCUCUAACUGAAGACACAUUUUUACAUAAUUUAUCCUUUAAUAAUGCAUAAUAUAAGGAUGGGAACAAAACUACAAAAUCCAUUAUGUAAAGUGCUAAGAUUUCAUGAAUAAAAUCUAACUUAUUUGAUUA